CCUCCCUUUGCGAAGAGAAGCCUUGGCUGCUGCUGCUCCGGGCCCGCCCUGCUGCUGGUGCUGGUGGUGGUGCUGGUGGUGGUGCCGGUGUUUGUGGCGUGCUUGUGUCCGAGAAGGCGAGAGAGAGGCUGCAAUGGGAGCGCAGGAGGGUGCUGCUGCCUGGUGUCCUGGUCCCGCCUUUGGCCGGCUCCUGGCCCUGCUGGCCCUGGCCCUGGCCCUCCUCAGCCAGGCAGGUUAUGCCGACGACUUAGACUUCAAUUUAGAAGACGCGCUGGAUGAUGACGUCCUUUCAACAAAGAGGCCAACUCACAAGCCCCCCAAAACCCCUUCUGGCGGAACAGGUGACUUUGACUUGCCCGACCCCUUUGACACCCCACCGGAGAGGACAACAAAACCAGCCAAGGCGACCACCGGACCUUAUCCAAGGAAACCAGACGAUGGCCGCUGGAAUGUGCUGCAUACUACCACCACCAAGCAGCCGAAAACCACCAAACCCCCUCCGAAGAAGACCCCAGCAAAAGAUCCCAUGGACUUUGACUUGUCUGAUGCCUUGGAUGACCAAAAUGAUGGAAGAGAUGGUGGGAUGCCCAAUGUAAAUCCUGGUGGCAGAGGCUCGAAAGGUAGCGAAGGAAGAGGUGGAAGACCUGGUAAGGGGUCUCGCAUGGGCUCCCAGCUGACCUUUCUCCACUCCCUUUGCAAACCUCUUGUUUUCUGUCCUCUUUCCCCUUCUAAGCAUUUGGAAAGCCACCCUGUCUGCCCAGCGUGUUGGGGUUUUCCUUCUUCCGCUGCUAAUUGCCCCCUAUUAAUCAACAUCACCCCUCCUUUCCCACUUGGUUUCUCCCUCUUUCUACGGCAUUUCCUGUAUAUUUUAGUUGGUUGCACUCCAGAGCAGGAUCCCUUCCGACUUAAACACCAUACGGUUGAGUUAAAAUAUUUUAGAGCAGUUACUUUUAUUUUAGUUGGUUGCACUCCAGAGCAGGAUCCCUUCCGACUUAAACACCAUACGCUGGCAUACAAUCAUUACAUUGGCAGGUCUUGUGAUUUGAUUGACAGCCUUUGCCGCUCUUUGUUAAUUUCAGAGGGCCUGAACGCAGAGUACGUGAAAGGAGAGAACAUGGAAGCUGUUGUGACUGAAGAACCUCAAGUGAAAUAUUCCGUCCUAGAACCACAGACUGCGGAAGCGCCUCCACCGCAAGAAAAUGCAAAAGUCUGAAUCCCGGGUUUGGGCUGGAAAGGAAGCAGGCAACGGCAAACACAAACAAAGUACACACACACACACACACACACACGUGCUUCUCACAUGCUUGUAAUUUCGCUUUUUACAAACGUUUUCAUUUGGA